CCCUCCCCGUGUGUUUCAUCUUAUAGUUUUAAAUACUUCUUUUAAUUUUAAUUUUGACGUGUUAGUUUUAUUCUAUUUCAUUUUUAGUAGGUUUGUUUGUGAAAAUGAAAAAAAAGGGACAAAAAAUAUUCGCUAUUUUCAGAGUAUAAAUUUUCUGUUUUAAAGAAAGAAAAAUUACAAAAAUAUGCUUUAUAGCUUUUAAUUUUGCUUAGCCAGUUAUUAAUUUUAAGAGUGUUUUUUUUUAGUUAUCUAGAAACAGUUAUUAAAUAUUUUUUUUAUUUUUAUACACUUUUAAAAUAAAAUAUAAAAAAUGGACAAAUGGGAUUACACCACCUCAUCACAUAAUGACAAAGCUCCAUAACAAACCUUAUCACAAAAAUGGGAAAAAGGGGGUCACGUUUUUGGUGGAAACAUUUUUCAUAAAAAGGGGAUAACAAAAAGGGGGCCCACUCAUUUAGGGUCUGUUUUUGUGCACAAAGGAACACGUGAAUUGGGGGAUUAUUGUUAGGGGUGGGGACCACGAAGAGAGAGAAGUUUCCUCCUUCUUCAAAAUCCCAGCAGUAGCCGUGAUUCUUGCGGUUCAAAAAGAGGACCACCAUUUUCUUUCUCCAUCCUUAAACCUGCACAUAACCCAUACACAUAUAGAAUAGUAGAGAGAAAAAAAAAAUCUAUCAUCUUCUCCAUUUUCUUUUUCUCACCGGAAACCACCCAUCACCACCUCCUUUUUUUUUUUUUCUCUUUUCUCCACCACAGACCACCAACACAUAAAUAUAUAUCACACACAGAUCGAAAAAAAAAAGGGGUUAAAGCACUGCUCCAUUAAACCACUGCUUAAACACCUACUACAAAAACUCCAUUAAAACCAACUCAAAAACACCAUGAAACAGCCCUGGAAAUAGCUUCAACCUUCACCUCAAAACAACCACGUAAACCACCGCUGUUGAGACGUGUCGAAGUUGAGAGGUCCGUUCGAGAUUGCUGGUCCGGGGUUCGAAAGUAUGAUUUGAGACGUUUGUUUUCUUCUUAAUAAAUUGCAAGAUAUUUAAAGGAAUUAGAUUUCAUGUUCAAUAUUGUCUCAAAGUAUUUGAAUGUGGAACGUGCUAGUUUCUUACCUGCAUGUUUUAGUCUUUGCCAUAGCAGUUUUUGAUUAGGUAUGCUUUUAGAUAUAUAAUAAUGUUUUAAUGACGUGUUUUUCUUCAUGAUUAUGAAACUGGGGGUUGUUUAAGUGUGUUAAUAAGCCAACAUAUUAGUUUAAGCUUAUCUAGAAGUAGUAUUGUAAUGGUAAAAUAGUGGUUUGAAGUUCAAAUAUUUGGAAACUUAAGGAAAAGUUACGUGGAAGUUGGGAAACAUAAUUGACCAACAUAGUACUGUGAUCUUUUCCUCUUUACUGUUUGGUUUUCAUCUUUCUAUUAUAAUAUUUGGAUGUUUAUUUGAUUGGAUAUAUCUUACCAUGAUAAUUGUUAAGGACUGUUGGUAUUUUAAUCUUUACUUAGCCGUGUAAAUUUGGGCCACAAUUGAUUUAUAGCCUAGCUAAUUAUAUUUAAAUAUAAGGGAGCGAAAUGGAUCGCGAAGUUAUUAAAAAUCCGUUGUAAAAAUAGUGAAAUAAUAAUAAGAAAUCAAUAAUAACCAAAUAAUUUUUAAAGACCCGGAUUGUAGAGACAAAUAAUUGCUCUUGACGCUAGAUGAGCUUUAGGCACGUUUUAAGACGUUUGUUUCGAUUAAGAAUGCGGUUACGCAUCUUAUUUCAAGACAUUUUUUUUAACUCAAGGAUGCGGUUACGCACCUCGGCUAAAUUUGUUUUAAUAAUUAAUUUUGUUUCGAGUAAGAAUGCAGUUAUGCAUCUUAUUUGAGACGCUUAAAAGAUCCGGAAUGAGGUUACGCAUCCGAGUUAAAACCAGUAAAAAGUUCAAUAAAUAAAAGCGAGCAAAUCAAGGCUCAAAUACAUAAUAUAUUCAAAUAUUAAUUUAAGCUAAGUAUAAGUCGAUAAAGCGACCGUGCUAGAACCACGGGACUCGGGGAAUGCCUAACACCUUCUCCCCGGUCAACAGAAUUCCUUACCCGGUCUUCUGUUUUCGCGGACCAUAAUAAAAGAGUCAUUUCCUUUUGAUUAGGGAUUCAUAAGGUGGCUUGGAACACCAAAACUCAAUUUCAAGUGGCGACUCUGUAAAUAAAAUAAUCCCUUUUCAAAACUGUCACUUCAAAUGGAAAAACCCUUUAAUAAUAAAAACUUGCGCGUUCUACGCGUGAGGCGCCAAAAAAAAGGGGUGUGACAGCUCUGGCGACUCUGCUGGGGACACUAGCUAGAAUUCGAGCUUUGUGAUAUUGCCUUAUACUCGGCUUUUAUUAUUAUUAUUAUUUGGAUUUAUUGUGUUUCGUUGAGCCUAAUGUGCUAAUUGCUGCUCAUUUAUCGCUUUGAUAUUGUUGAACUGUAUUAUAAACUGUCUUCUCCCGCGCACCCUUCUGAGUCUCUGAAACACUUCACACACAGUCACAGGAAUGCAGUUAUGCAUCCUAACUUUCUGUCAAGAUAAAGCCGGAGCGUCUUGGCGUCCGGUGAAGGAUUUUAGUCACACAUGUUAGGCGGGACAGGAUAAGCAAUGAAGUCGGAAUAGCACUGCUACCGACAGUAUUGCCCCUCCCCGGCUCGAGUUGUCCACUCGAGUUAGCCAGUCUAGACACCGUUUUCCAUUAGGUUUUAAACCUAGCAAAACUGAAACGCAGACAUGAUUAUCCCUAGUAGGAUCCGCUUAUAUGCAUCACUUGCAUUUGACAUAGUGGGACUCGGCACAGGGGUCGGGUCCGUCUAGGACAGGUAUCCCUUUUUCUAACUGACCUGUGCAUCUCAUGUGCUAUUUGCAAUAUUAUUUUUAAGGCUUGCUGGAUCGUUGAUCGGCUUUAGGCUAACUAGUGAAAUAGAAGAGAGAGAAACAUUCAUCUGAUUUUUUACGCACCCAUUUUCCUUAAACCUCUAAUUUGUCUGGCUCUUGCUAAAAUAAGAAAAGAAGAGUUCAACUUGAGACGAGUUUAUUUAUUUAUUUAUUUAUAAAUAAAACUAAACAGUCCAGUCUGGACGAACUACGCACACCUGAUUCCCGUCCCUCGGGGCGACGAUACGUAGGCAGCCCAUAUCGGGUUCGGUGAUCCUUAUUCAAAAAAAUUAAAAAAAAAAAAAGUGUUUUUAUUUUGUAUUAGAAAAUCCGAAAAAACAGAGGAGAUAGUUUUAUUUUAUUUUUACUUUAAAAAAAAAGAUUUCUUUUUAACUCCCUAUCCAAAAGAAAAAGGAAAAUGCAAAAAGAUUUUACUUUGAGUAGUAUUUUUAGCGGGGUUUUUUUGGAGAAAAUUUUACAAUCAAAAUCCAAAAAGAUUUUUUUUUUCUUUUCAAGUUUUUGUAGUUUUUUCUCUUCCUAAAUUUCAAAAAAAGAAAAAAAGAGAAAAUUCGAAACAAUUUUGUUGAUUACUUUUUGCCGAAACUUCCCGAACUACGCAAAGAUCUGAUUCAUGUCCCAGCAUGAUACGUAGGCAACCCAAGUUGGGUUAAAUCGAAUUAUUUUCAAAAAAAAAAAAUCCAAAAGAGUAGUGAAAGAGCGGAGAGAAAGAAAAAAAGAGUAGUGAAAGAAAGGGAAAAGAAAGAUGAGUGAACCGAGAGGUAGGGAAAGCAAAAAAUGAAAGAGAGGAAGGCCAAAUUUAGCGAAAUGGGGAUGAUGCCAAAAUGACAUUGUUACCCUUAGAAUCAUUCUAGAACUAAUAAUCGUGCAUAUGUGACUUGCGCACGGUUCCCUAACUCAAUCAUUUUUUUAUUCAUGAUGUUUGAUUUUAGAAGGUGGUUGGUUUGUGGUUUUAAAACUGGCGACUCAUCCUUACAACACAAGGUCGAAAACCAAAAAGGCAAUGGCGACCAACGAGGACACUGGAUUGGUUGACGCUAGCGCUCAAACACCGUUGGUUGACCAAAACUCGAGGUUAGCCGAAGAAGUGAGAAUGUUAAAACAACAUAUGACAAGCAUGUAUCGGGCUUGGAUGACUGGUCAGGCACCACCUCCACCGCCACCUAGCUUCCUCGACAUUUCCCCUAAUAUGUCGACCUCAACCCGAGCUCCACUCACUGUGCCUGGUGAUCCCUCUAACAGUUGGCCCAUGUUCAAAACCCCUGAUGCUCAACCCUAUACUCCAGAACCGACUUUAAAUGUCUCUAACCCAUAUGGUUGUAACCCUCACCUUGAGCCUCCCGUUAACAGUGAAAAACUUGAUAAAACCGUGGAUGAUGAGGAAAUGACUAGAAAGAUGAAAAGCUUGGAGCAAUCCAUAAGAUACUUGCAAGGUCAGGAAGGUCACAAGAGUGUUUCAUACAAAGACUUGUGCAUGAUUCCUAAUGUUCACUUACCCUCUGGUUUUAAGACUCCAAAGUUUGACAAGUAUGAUGGGCAUGGUGAUCCUGUGGCCCAUUUGAAGAGGUAUUGCAAUCAGUUGAGAGGAGCUGGAGGUAAAGACGAAAUGCUUAUGGCCUGCUUUAGUGAUAGCUUAACAGGAAUAGCCUCGGAUUGGUUCGCUGAUCAGGACGUCACUAAGUGGCAUAUUUGGGAUGACAUGGCUCAAGAGUUUGUGCGACAAUUUCAGUAUAAUAUAGAUAUUGCUCUAGAUAAAGUGUCCAUGACCAAGGUGCAGAAGAAAUCUACAGAAAGUUUCAGGGAAUUCGCCAUUAGGUGGAGAGAGCAAGCUGCUAGAGUAAAGCCUCCAAUGGUAGAAGGUGAGGUUGUAGAUACUUUUCUCCAAGCCCAAACUGAAGAAUACUAUCAACACAUGCUCCCGGCACUGGGCAAACCGUUUAUUGAGGUCAUUAAGAUGGGGGAAAUGAUAGAAGAUGGAAUCAAAACAGGACGUAUCAUAAGUUUUGCUGACAUGAAAGUAAAUGCUGAAGUAACUCAAAAUGGUUCCGGAAGCCUGAGCGACAUGAGGGAAAAUGAUGAUGUAGCCAUGAUUAUACCAAAACUGCGACGAGGUUUGAAGGGUCCAUCUUGCUCAUAUACCCAGCCACAACCUCAAGUCUAUUCCCAAACUCCAUGCGCUCAACCUCAACAUUACUUUCCUUCACAAGACCCUCAAUAUUCCAUGUCACCUCUCCAGUACUUUGCCUGUGCUGCACAGCCAUAUGUUCAGCCAUAUCCUUACCAACAAUGGUGUGCACCAGCUCCACAGGGUUCUUACCCCCCACAAGCAUAUCGACCUCGUACCAGCUCCAUCUUUCGACCUAGGUCGGAAUACAAGAAAGAGAGGCAACAGAGAAGGGAGGCCUCUGGAAAACUUCCCGGGCUAUCAGUCCCAGUUCCAGAAGUUGAUAAGGAUGAAUUGGUUAAAGGGACCCAGAACUUGUUUGCUGAGCAUAAUUUGAUUGAAAAUGAUAAUGGUCCAAGUAAUGCUUAUGUGCAACUUAGUGGCUAAGAUGACAGCUUUGCAGUUGGGAAGUUUCUCUUCUCCCCUCUAGGAAGGAGUCUUGGUAGUUUAUUUUGAUGUUCUUUCUGUUAUCCGGGUUAUUCUAAGGUUGUAAUCUAGAAAUUUUUUGCUUGUUUUAAUGUCCACAACCCUUCUAUCAUUUUGUUUAAUAAUAAAAAAAAAAGAAAAAAAAAUGAGUUUUUGUUUUGUCAUUUCCUAGUAUAUUUUUCUUUAAUUUUUCUUUUGUAUAGUUCUUUUUAGGCUGGUUCUAUUGACAUGACAUGCAUGCGGAUAUUUUUAGCCAGAUCUUGAAGGCCAGUUUAAUUACACGAGAAAUGCACCCAAAGGAUUGAAAAUGGUAAAGAAAAACAUGGGAGGAAAUAUUAGAGUGCUGAAACAUUUUGAGAGUAAGCUGAAGUCUGGCUUGAAUGAAACUAAUACGAUCACUUUGGGAAUCAUGAGAAUGACACUAGUGUAUAACAAAUGUUGAUCCCAAGUGAUUUGAAAUGGGCCAAUAUCAAGAGAGGUCAAAAAAGCAAGUUCGCUCCAAUUAACUUGAGUCAUCCAUUAUAAAGAGAUACCAUAUAAUUUUCACUUCUCAUUCUCGAAUCGCAUGCUUUGUACUUGAUAUUUUUAAUGAUUGGUAUGACGAAGGCAUUUCAUUCUGCUAUCUGAACAUUGUGUCACCCUUUGCUAGCCCUUUUGAACCUUAGUUUUAUUUUCUUUCAUAUCCCUCUUUUGGAAUCAAAGUACAGUACAAAAAAAAGUCGGAAGAGAAAAAGUGAAAAGGUAAGUAGAAAGUCAAAAUGAAGAGAAAAGAGUUGAAAGAAAAAACAAAAAAAAAAAGCAAAAAAAAAAAAAAAAAAAAAAACACACACACACAAAAAGAAAAACAAAAAAAAACGAAGAGAAACACACAAGAAAUGAGCUUACGGAACUACGUCUGACCUGAUUCUUGUCUCGACAGGAUACGUAGGCAACCCUAUUCUGGGGUUCGGUCCAACCCAAAUAAGAUUCGAAAUUUCCCAUUUCAAAGAAACUGGGACAGAAGUUAUUUUUCCUUUUGAGUCGAUUCCAAAAGUUGUAAGUCUCACCCCUAUUAUUUUGUGUUGUCUUCGAGCCUCCACGCCAUCCUUUCUUUUCAACCCUAUCCAAAGCCAGGUUACAACCAAAGAAAAGACCUUCAGAUCAAUCAUUGAGAAUGUCAAGGCUGAGCACGCUAUGAGUACAAAAUAUUUGCUAACGAGCGUCACCUGUCUGCGUAAGCAUAAGGGAAGUGGAAGAAGAGAAUGAAAAUAAGAGAGUCUUACUAGUGAAAGCCUUCACAUGCACCAUAAGGCAAUGAAGAUCUGAGAGAAAUGAAAAUGAGAGUCUCUCACUGGUGAAAACCUUCACAGGCACCACAAGUCGACGGUGAGAAGAGAAUGAAAAUAAGAUAGUCUUACUGGUGAAAGCCUUCACAGGCACCAUAAGGCAAUGAAGAUCUGAGAGAAAUGAAAAUGAGAGUCUCUCACUGGUAAAAACCUUCACAGGCACCAUAAGUCGACGGGGAGUUUGAGAGAAUGAAAAUGAGAGAGUCUUACCGGUGAAAACCUUCACAGGCACCGUAAGGCGACGGUGAGUUGAGGGAAUGAAAAUGAGAGAGUGUUAUUGGUAAAAACCCUCAUGGGCACCGUAAGGCGAUGGUAAGAUGAGAGACAAAUAAAAGAGAGAGGUUUAGUGAUGAAAACACUUCGGAGCGCCACUAGCCGAAUGAGAGUCUUGAGCUUGUUGAAUAGGUUGGGAUAUAAAGCCUUGAUUUCAAAACAAGUUGUGAGAGCACAACAGGAGUUAAAGAAUAGAUUGGUUGAACAGAUUAGGUCACUCAAUCCAAAAUGCAUGUCAUGACCAUUGGAGCCAGCGACCACACUCAGAUAAGUGCCUUCUUUCCUUUUCUCCUAAUAAGGGACAUUUCCACUUCUACAUCUUUUUACUUCUUUUGUUUUGUUUCGUUGAGUCGUCCAUGUAGAACGGGUGGAGAAAGGAUUUCAAAAUUUGCUACCAGCUUUUCCAAUUGCGAAGCAAAACAUCUGGCUAGCACAUGAAGGUAGCAUGAUUUAAAGUGGGUAGAGUACCCAAUGAGUUAUCAUUCAUUGAUAGAUUAUGGAUUCAUGAAAAUAUAUGGGAUCAGUAGAGUUUGAAUUAAUAGGCGCCAUGAAACAGAGGUAUUGGUAUUGGUUUUGAUUUAAAGUCACUGAAAGUCACUCCGGUAGCCAGAAUUUGGGUCAGUGGUCCAACGAGCCGACAGCGAGCACAGACUAUUUGAAAUCACAGCUAAGUAGAACAAGUGCAUGAGCAAGCACCUUCAGAACCAAGGCCACAAACCAACCACCACAUUUUAAAACUCACAAUUUUUCUUUGUUUGAAACAGGAAUGGAUAUUAUCCUCAAAUCAAAGGGUCAAAGCUUCAAAAGGUACAAUGUCUUAUUUUUGCCGAUGCAAAAGGCAAUGUCACAACAUAUGUUUGCAAGCAACAAAAUUGAUCGACUUUCUAAUUAUGAAUACUGUCACCCCUAGGAGAUGCACUUCCUAGUCCGGGUUGUAGGAGACACACUUCCUAACCCAAAGCUCUACUCCUAGGAAACGCACUUCCUAGACGAGUAUUUCAGUUUAACCUCUAAGAGACGCACUUCUUAGUCAGGGUCUUUCAGGUUUUGCUUUUAGGAGACGCAUUUCCUAAUAUGAACCUUCACUCCUAGGAGACGUACUUCCUAGUCGAGUCUUUCAGUUUAACCCCUAAGAGACGCACUUCUUAGUCUGGGUCUUCCUGGUUUUUGACGUUUAGGAGACGCACUUCCUAAUAUGAACCUUCACUCCUAGGUGAUGCACUUCCUAGUCGAGUCUUUCAGUUUAACCCCUAAGAGACGCACUUCUUAGUCUGGGUCUUCCUGGUUUUUGACGUUUAGGAGACGCACUUCCUAAUGCAAACCUUCACUCUUAGGAGACGCACUUCCUAGUCGAGUCUUUCAGUUUAACCCCUAAGAGACGCACUUCUUAAUUAGGGUCUUUUAGUUUUUACAUUUAGGAGACGCACUUCCUAGUCAGAGAUUUUAACCCCUAAGAGACACACUUCUUAGUUUGGGUCUUUCAGGUUUUUCUUUUAGGAGACGCACUUCCUAAAUUAAACCAUUACUCCUAGGAGACGCACUUCCUAGUUAGAAUUUUCAGUUUUACCUCUAGGAGACGCACUUCCUAGUUAGAGCGUUUGAUUUUACUUACAUCAUUGAAUUAUCAUACAAAGAGUUUAUGAUUUUGCUAACACUCACAAAAAUCUUCCUAGUGCAAACUGGGGCAGAAAAUUUUGUUCGUGUUGUUUGUCUUUGAUGAUUUGCAGGACCCACCUGAAGAAUGGGAAGAAGUCAGGACCCGCCUGAAGAAUGGGAAGAAGUCAGGACCCGCCUGAAGAAUGGGAAGAAAGUCAGGACCCGCCUGAAGAAUGGGAAGAAAGUCAGGACUCGCCUGAAGAAUGGGAAGAAGUCAGGACCCGCCUGAAGAAUGGGAAGCAAGUCAUGACCCGCCUGAAGAAUGGGACGAAAGUCAGGACCCGCCUGAAGAAUGGGAGGCAAGUCAGGACCCGCCUGAAGAAUGGGACGCAAGUCAGGACCCGCCUGAAGAAUGGGAGGCAAGUCAGGACCCGCCUGAAGAAUGGGAGGAAAGUCAGGACCCGCCUGAAGAAUGGGAGGCAAGUCAGGACCCGCCUGAAGAAUGGGAGGAAAGUCAGGACCCGCCUGAAGAAUGGGAGGAAAGUCAGGACCCGCCUGAAGAAUGGGACGCAAGUCAGGACCCGCCUGAAGAAUGGGACGAAAGUCAGGACCCGCCUGAAGAAUGGGACGAAAGUCAGGACCCGCCUGAAGAAUGGGAUGAAAGUCAGGACCCGCCUGAAGAAUGGGAAGCAAGUCAGGACCCGCCUGAAGAAUGGGAAGCAAGUCAGGACCCGCCUGAAGAAUGGGAACAAGUCAGGACCCGCCUGAAGAAUGGGAAGCAAGUCAGGACCCGCCUGAAGAUUGGCAAGCAAGUCAGGACCCGCCUGAAGAAUGGGAAGAAGUCAGGACCCGCCUGAAGAAUGGGAACAAAUCAGGACCCGCCUGAAGAAUAGGGCACCUUUCAAUUUCAAGUUCAGGAACCCGCCUGGAUAAUAGGGACAUCUUUCAAUUUCAAGUUCAGAAGCCCACCUGAAGAAUAGGGUGUACUUUCAGUUAGAAGUAGCAGGAGCCCGCCUGAAUAAUAGGGUCAACAUUCAACUGCUUUUCAAUUUCAAGCUCAGGAGCCCGCCUAAAAAAUGGGGUGUACUUUGAGUUGGUUUUUUAAGUUCAGUCAGAAGUAGCAGGAGCCCCGCCUGGAGAAUAGGGAUGACUUUAAAUUUUAAAGUUUAGAAACAAGCAUGAAGAUUCAAGUCAAGAUUCAAGAGAAGCUGCAUAGAUAGGGUCUUGUACUUGUAUUUUCUUUGUAACUUUUAUUUUUCAUUUUGAUGUAAUAAAGGAGCCGCGGACCGGAACCUCGAUAGGA